AUGAGCAGCGUUUACGUUCAAAGGUUUCAAAAAAUUCAACGGGCUGAAUUGAAGAUUAAUGACGAAGAAAGUGCAAAACAAACUCGAAUAUGGUUGAGAAAUGCCGCUGAAACUUACUUUUAUCUAAAAAUGUGCAUUUUAUUAUGCAGUAGAGAUGAUCAUGUAUGUAUGAAGUUGGGAGUCGUCGUGAACUCGCCAUCUCUUUUAAAGCAAGACCAUUACAGUGGUUGGUAUGCCUUCCACACUGUAACGAGCUGCCAUUUAGAAGGUUUUUGGCAGGCGUGGAUUUUGCUCGAACUACAGGACCUUCCACAUCGACAGUUGUUUCGGGAACUUGAUGCUUUAGAUCAGGCUGUGGUUCGUCCUGUUCUCAAAAAUAACUGCUACUUUGCGCAUGCUGAAAACAUUUUUUUAGCUGCAGCAGUAGAGAGAACAAUUAAAGACGUUAGCGCUGCCAGAUGUAAAGUUUAUGGGAGAAAGUCCCGUCAUGGCAUGGUGUUACAGAUUAGCUCAGCGCUGGACAUUAUUUUAAAAAGUUCACCGGAAAUGAAUUUUGUUUUGGAAAAUCCGGAAAUGUGUGUGGGUUUAGCCGCCGCAACGUAUUGUGACCAUACUGAAUUUAGUGACAACAAAAAAUUAUCCUCUUUGAAAAAUAGUUGA